AUGCGAAAAAGAAAAUCCUCCGCCCAUCCUCAUGAAGAGGAGGAAAAACACACGAUGGAAAAUCUUUCUUCGCGCAAUAAUGUGAUCGAAGAAAAAAAAGAUUCAUUUUCCCCAAUCAACGAGGCCGAUCUGUCUGGUGCCAAGGUCCACAACUACGCUUUCGAUAAAAUCGAAACGCUCUCUGAGCCAACUCUAAAGGGUAUCAAGGAGCUCGGGUUUGACAACAUGACUGAAAUUCAGGCACGAUGCAUUCCACCUGCCCUUACUGGCACAAAUCUGCUUGCAGCCGCUAAAACCGGGUCCGGAAAAACGCUGGCAUUUUUGAUUCCCGCUGUCGAGCUCCUUUACAAGGUCAAAUUUCGGCCUAGAAAUGGCACCGGAGCAAUCAUCAUCAGCCCGACAAGAGAACUUGCCCUUCAAAUUUUAGGGGUUGCAAAGACAAUAUUUGCCCACCACUCUCACACCUUUGGCCUGGUCAUUGGGGGCGCCAAUAGGCGAGCCGAGGCUGAAAAGCUCUCAAAAGGCGUCAAUUUGUUGAUAGCCACGCCAGGACGAUUGCUCGAUCAUCUGCAAAAUACCAAAGGGUUUGUCUUUUCCAAUACGCAGAUGCUAAUUAUUGAUGAAGCAGAUCGGAUUUUGGAGGUUGGGUUUGAGGACGAAAUGAAGCGCAUCCUGUCGAUCCUUCCCAAGGAACGUCAAACACUGCUGUUUAGCGCCACGCAGACAACGAAAGUGGACGACCUUGUCAGGAUUUCUUUCAACAGUGCGCCUCUUUAUGUAAAUGUGCAUGCCCAGGAAAGCGUGUCUACCAACUCUACGCUCGAACAGGGCUAUGUUGUGAUCGACUCUGACCAGCGAUUCCUUCUCCUGUUUACAUUCCUUAAAAAGUACCUGAACAAGAAAAAAAUCAUGGUGUUUUUUUCGUCUUGCAACGCGGUAAAGUUUUAUUCGGACCUGUUGAAUUACAUUGACAUCCCUGUGUUGGAUUUGCACGGAAAGCAGAAACAGUCAAAGAGAACCUCGACGUUUUUCGAAUUCAUCAACAAGGACACGGGGAUCCUGCUUUCGACAGACGUUGCUGCGAGGGGCUUGGACAUCCCCCAAGUUGAUUGGAUCAUCCAAUAUGACCCGCCCGAUGAUCCGAAAGAAUACAUUCACCGGGUCGGCCGAACGGCCCGCGCCGGAAAGUCUGGAAAGGCGCUUCUCUUCCUUCUCCCCUCGGAGGUUGGGUUUUUACACUUCCUGAAAGAGGCAAAAGUCCCGCUAAAUGAAUAUGACUUGCCAUCCUCUGCAAAGAUCGCAAAUAUUCAGGUCCAACUUGAGGGCCUUGUUGAAAAAAACUACUAUCUCAACAGGCUUGCAAGAGACGGCUUUGCCUCGUACCUGCAAGCAUAUGCCUCGCAUUCGCUCAAACAAAUAUUUAACGUCAACACUCUUGAUUUGCUGAAAGUGGGCCGUUCGUUUGGCUUUACGGUGCCGCCCAACGUUAACAUUGGUAAGCCUUUUGUUUUAAAUGCUAGUUGCCGCCUUGGCGUCCAAGGAUCGCAAGAAGCAGCCGUCCUACAAAAACAACCAGACUGA